AUGUCACGUCGAGCCCGUUCUUUAAGCCGUCUCCGGGGCACGACCCCAGGUCGGGAGACGACUCCGUCUAUUUAUGAAUAUGGAUCAGGCAAUGAUGGGUAUAGUGGCGGCGACUAUUCGACACGGCUCAAUGUUUAUACACCAGAUGUGUAUGGAUCAAUAGCUCGUUCUACUCGAGCUGUUUCUGUAGCUCGAUGUAAAGAUGUCGAUGAUGAAAUAAUCGGCAAUGGAGCCUAUAAGAGAUAUUAUCGAGGGCAAUCUGUAGGCUAUUUCGAUCAUUUAAAAGCACGACGACCUUAUUCUGCUUAUGGUACACAUGAUUUUGAUUAUUUUGAUCGUUACACAGAACGUAUUCGAGAUAAAACACCGAUUGCUCUCGAUAAUCAUUACACACAUUACAGACCCUAUUAUUGGUAUCAUACAGCACCACGUACCUUUUAUUAUUUUUUUCCAUACGAUGACUGGCGUUAUCGACCCAUUAAUUCUUCUCGUUCAUCUUCAGUUUAUCCGUCGGCAGGCGUAGAUUCAUCGUAUAAUUAUCGUUUUAAUGAUUCAAUCGAUCGGGUAACAUCAUUAAAACGUGCAAUGCGUGAUCUUGAUUAUACACGUGAAUUACGACAACUGCGUUAUUCUACACCAUCAACGUAUUCAUCUAUCACUCAUGGUGAUAAUCUAUUAGAUCGAGCACGAGCCGAUGUUCGACGUACGAUUGAGUCACGUGUUGGUAGCAGUGGUCUUUCACGACUUAGUAAUCCUCGUGACUAUUUUGGGCGAACGUAUGUUCAAUUUGAAGAAGAAGGCGUUACAGAUGUUGGUGCGAAAUAUACUAACCUUUCAAAGAGUGUUGAUUUUAAACCAAGUACUUGGAAAGCUGAAGACAAUAUGGAAAUGGGGUUUGACUUACAAGCAAUGAAUGACGAUACAGCAAAUAAAAUUCAAGAGAAUCGAAUUACAAUUGAUAAGAGUCAAGAACGACUUUUACACGAUACAGCUGGUGUUGCUCCUCGAAUGCUUCGCUUUGAUCUUAAUACUCGUCAAGCUCGUCAUGGUGUUGACAAUGCAUUGCGUCUUGUUCGAAAUUUGAAAGAAUUUAAAAACGAAACAUUCAAUCGAUUAUCACAACCAUGGACAUUUAGCAAAUAUUCAUAA